AUGCGGUCGCUUAUUCCGCUGACAGCUUUGUUGUCAAAUAAAUUUGAGCAAAUAAAAGACAUAUACAGCAAUCCCUUAGCUCAUGGAUUUGGCGAGGAUAUCGAUUGGGUUCCAUGGGAAGAUGCAAUCGAAAAGGCCUUGGACACUAAUAAACCGAUUUUCCUGCUUAUUCACAAGACAUGGUGUCAUGCAUGCAAAGCACUUAAAAAGACUUUCCAACAAUCGCAUGCUCGUAAAGCAUUCAAAGCCCUCUCUGAGUACUUCGUCAUGGUGAACACAGAGGAUGAUGAGGAGCCAUUCGAAGAAGAAUACCGACCAGACGGAAAGUACAUCCCAAGGCUGUUAUUCCUUGAUAAAAAUGGUGAUCUUCUUGAUCAAUUCAAGAAUAAGAAAGCUGAAUACAAGAAUUAUGCCUACUACUACUCAUCACCUGCUGACAUUAUCAAUUCAAUGAAGGAAGUCUUGCGAUUCUACGAAAUUGAGGUGAUAACAUUAUCAUGUUUGCUGUACUCGGGCCAGGGUUAG